AGAACGAGGCUCGAGCUGAAGCGUCAAAAAGAGGGGCAAAGGGGGUGGGGCUAACGGAAGGCGGGGCUAAAGAAGCUUAACGGAAUCCAGACGCAAGUGCAAUUGUCCGCGCGCCUCGCUGCGAUGGCGGCGGCGCCGAACACAGUCACCCCGCCGGCGGCGGAGUCUUCCCCUCAGGAAGCUACCGUCUCUGCCGCCUCCUCCUCCUCCUACACCGCCUGCGCGGCGGCGGCGGCGGCGGCGGCGGCGGCAGUAAUUGUUCCUGCCUCCUCCGCCACCUCCACCCCUGCCUGCCCGCCUGCCGGUGGCUUUAGCGACGGCGGCGGCGGCGGCUUUGGCGGCUCCACAAUGGCGGCGGCGGGGAGGGGGGGCAGUAGUUUUAAAGUAGACACCCGCCCUUGCCUCAGAGAAGAUGCCAUUUGGAAUAAACAGAAAAAGGCUGAACUUUUUACAGAUAAGUUUUGUCAAGUAUGUGGAGUGAUGCUACAGUUUGAAUCACAAAGAAUUUCACAUUAUGAGGGUGAAAAACAUGCUCAAAAUGUUAGUUUUUAUUUUCAAAUGCAUGGGGAGCAAAAUGAAGUGCCUGAUAAGAAAACCAAGAUGCAUGUUGAGAAUUUUCAAGUGCAUAGGAAUGAAGGAGUAGACAAAAACAGAUUUUGUGAUCUCUGCAACAUAAUGUUUAGCUCCCCACUUAUUGCUCAGUCUCACUAUGUGGGAAACAUCCAUGCUAAAAAACUGAAGCAAUUAAUGGAGAAACAUGAUCAGGCAUCUCCAUCAGGAUUUCAACCAGAGAUGGCAGGAGUGCCUCUUACUACUUCUGCAGCGUCAACGUUCCUGAAGCCCCUUGCUGUCAAGCCUCCUCCAGCAUUUAGUAUGAGAACCUAUGUUUGCCAUAUUUGUAGUAUUGCUUUUACAUCUUUAGAUAUGUUCCGGUCCCACAUGCAAGGAAGUGAACAUCAGAUUAAAGAAUCCAUUGUUAUCAAUCUAGUGAAGAAUUCAAGGAAGACACAUGACUCUUAUCAAAAUGAAUGUGCAGAUUACAUCAACGUGCAGAAAGCCAGAGGACUAGAGCCCAAGACUUGUUUCAGAAAGAUGGAACAAAGUUCUUUGGAAACGUGCAGAUACAGAGAAGUGGUUGAUUCCAGACCCAGACAUAGAAUGUUUGAGCAAAGACUCCCAUUUGAGACUUUCCGAACAUACCCCAUACCGUACAAUAUUUCACAAGCAGUGGAAACUCAGUUGCCUCAUUCAAAGAAGACAUAUGACUCUUUCCAAGAUGAACUUGAAGAUUACAUCAAAGUACAGAAAGCCAGAGGACUGGAUCCAAAGACUUGUUUCAGAAAGAUGAGAGAGAACUCUGUGGAUACUCAUGGACACAGAGAGGUUGAUUCUGGACCCAGACCAAGAAUGUGUGAGCAAAGAUUUUCACGUGAGGCUCCUCAGACCUACCAACGACCAUACCAUAUUUCACCAGUGGAAAGCCAGUUACCUCAGUGGUUACCAGCUCAUUCAAAGAGGACAUAUGAUUCUUUCCAAGAUGAACUUGAAGAUUACAUAAAAGUGCAGAAAGCCAGAGGACUAGAGCCAAAAACUUGUUUCAGAAAGAUAGGUGAUAGCUCUGUAGAAACACAGAACAGAGAAAUGGUUGAUGCCAGACCUAGACAUAGAAUGUUGGAGGAAAAGAUCCCAUUUGAGACUUUCCAGGCCUAUUCAGGACCAUACAGUAUUUCACAAGCAGUGGAAAACCAGUUACCUCAUUGUUUAUCAGCUUAUGACGGCAAACAGAGACUAGAUUCUAUUAGCUACUGUCAACUCACCAGAGACUGUUUCCCAGAAAAACCAGUACUCUUGAGCCUUAAUCAGCAAGAAAAUAACUCUGGCUCAUACAGUGUGGAAUCUGAAGUUUACAAGCACCUCUCCCCAGAAAACAAUACUACUGACCAUCAAGCGGGUCAUAAACGGAAACAUCAGAAGAGAAGACGACACCUGGAAGAAGGCAAAGAAAGGCCAGAGAAAGAACAGUCCAAGCAUAAAAGGAAAAAGACUUAUGAAGAUACAGAUUUAGACAAAGACAAGAGCAUCCGACAAAGGAAAAGAGAGGGAGAUAGAGUCAGGGUCAGUUCAGGAAAGCUUAAGCAUCGAAAAAAGAAAAAAAGCCACAAUGUACCUUCUGAGAAAGAAGAACGUAAGCACAGGAAAGAGAAAAAGAAAUCUGUUGAAGAAAGGACAGAAGAGGAAAUGCUUUGGGAUGAGUCUAUUCUUGGAUUUUGAAUGUUUAGUUUUGUUUACCCAAAGUUGAAUUGAAAAAACAGUAUGAAUUUAGAAAAAGACCGCAACAUCUGAUAAAGAAGAGGUAGAUAUAGUCAGUGUCAGUUCAGGAUACUUAGUUUUUUUGUAUAAAAAUUAAAAUUGAAUUAAAAGAAGAA